GUAUAUAAUCGAGGCUCCAGGUGUAAUCAAUCACCGGCGACUUUCAUCCGGGUUCUGUGCAGGUGUGUGAAGGUGUGUGAAUGUCGCUCGGAGAACGAGGGAGGCCAGAGCAUGGCUUUGUUGAGGUGUAGAGCGGUUCUGAGAGUGUUUCUCUGCUGCAUUCAGCUGGGUUUUAUUCAGUAUUCAACCCAGGAGGAUUUACAAGUCGCUCUAGAUCCAAACACUGGUGAAUAUGAGUGGUAUUCCUGUGAAAGCGUGGGCAGCAGUAUCUCAUCACCUCCACCUGGUGAACCUGAAGCUCCCUCAGUGCUGGAGGAUGGGCUUGUAGAAAAUCCUGCAAUACCCCAGUAUUUAGUUUUCUGUAGGAGAAAUGCCAUGGCUGUAGUUCUGCCCUCAGGUGCGCUCUCUCAGGUGAAGGUGUUUGGAAUGACUCCUCUGCAGGAGGUCCCGGAGACCUGCGGCUAUUCUCUUACUAGAAAUCAUGGACGGAACAUUGUUCAUAUCAGAUACACUUGCUGUGAAGUUCAGGAUGUCACAUGUACUCUGAGGAUUGUGUAUCAGAACCGUGUGGGACAGACUGAGAUUGCCACAGCGUCCUGUAGAGUGAGCUCCUCUCAGCCGCCCUCACCGAUCUCUCCUACACCAGGACCACAAGAUCCUGGGGUUAUUUUUCCUGGCGUCUCCCCGCCCCACCGGCCCGGCGUCUCCCCGCCCCACCGGCCCGGCGUCUCCCCGCCCCACCGGCCCGGCGUCUCCCCGCCCCACCGGCCCGGCGUCUCCCCGCCCCACCGGCCCGGCGUCUCCCCGCCCCACCGGCCCGGCGUCUCCCCGCCCCACCGGCCCGACUUCUCCCCGCCCCUCGGGCCCGACUUCUCCCCGCCCCUCGGGCCCGACUUCUCCCCGCCCCUCGGGCCCGACUUCUCCCCGCCCCUCGGGCCCGGCGUCUCCCCGCCCCUCGGGCCCGACUUCUCCCCGCCCCUCGGGCCCGACUUCUCCCCGCCCCUCGGGCCCGGCUUCUCCCCGCCCCUCGGGCCCGGCUUCUCCCCGCCCCUCGGGCCCGGCUUCUCCCCGCCCCUCGGGCCCGGCUUCUCCCCGCCCCUCGGGCCCGGCGUCUCCCCGCCCCUCGGGCCCGGCUUCUCCCCGCCCCUCGGGCCCGACUUCUCCCCGCCCCUCGGGCCCGGCGUCUCCCCGCCCCUCGGGUCCGGCGUGCCCGGCGUCUCCCCGCCCCUCGGGUCCGGCGUGCCCGGCGUCUCCCCGCCCCCCGGGCCCGGCGUCUCCCCGCCCCUCGGGCCCGGCGUCUCCCCGCCCCUCGGGCCCGCCGUGCCCGGCGUCUCCCCGCCCCUCGGGCCCGGCUUCUCCCCGCCCCUCGGGCCCGGCUUCUCCCCGCCCCUCGGGCCCGACUUCUCCCCGCCCCUCGGGCCCGGCGUCUCCCCGCCCCUCGGGUCCGGCGUGCCCGGCGUCUCCCCGCCCCUCGGGUCCGGCGUGCCCGGCGUCUCCCCGCCCCCCGGGCCCGGCGUCUCCCCGCCCCCCGGGCCCGGCGUCUCCCCGCCCCUCGGGCCCGGCGUCUCCCCGCCCCUCGGGCCCGGCGUCUCCCCGCCCCUCGGGCCCGGCGUCUCCCCGCCCCUCGGGCCCGGCGUCUCCCCGCCCCUCGGGCCCGGCGUCUCCCCGCCCCUCGGGCCCGGCGUCUCCCCGCCCCUCGGGCCCGGCGUCUCCCCGCCCCUCGGGCCCGGCGUCUCCCCGCCCCUCGGGCCCGCCGUGCCCGGCGUCUCCCCGCCCCUCGGGCCCGGCGUCUCCCCGCCCCUCGGGCCCGGCGUCUCCCCGUCCCUCGGGCCCGGCGUCUCCCCGCCCCUCGGGCCCGGCGUCUCCCCGCCCCUCGGGCCCGGCGUCUCCCCGCCCCUCGGGCCCGGCGUCUCCCCGCCCCUCGGGCCCGGCGUCUCCCCGCCCCUCGGGCCCGGCGUCUCCCCGCCCCUCGGGCCCGGCGUCUCCCCGCCCCUCGGGCCCGGCGUCUCCCCGCCCCUCGGGCCCCUCGGGCCCGGCGUCUCCCCGCCCCUCGGGCCCGGCGUCUCCCCGCCCCUCGGGCCCGGCGUCUCCCCGCCCCUCGGGCCCGGCGUCUCCCCGCCCCUCGGGCCCGGCGUCUCCCCGCCCCACCGGCCCGGCGUCUCCCCGCCUCCUACCCCUGGAGAACCGCUGCUCCCCUCCUCUGCGACUGUAUCUUCAUCCGCUAUCCCCUGGCCGCUCCAACAACAGGGCUGUUUAUCUAAUGGCAAGUUUGUAUUUGCCAUUCCUGCCAACAUCAUGGAGCCCCCGCUGAACCCUGCCAGUCUGACUGUCGUGGGGCAUGGUGAAUGUAAACCUGCCUUCGUCAACAAAGACAUCGCUGUCUUCAACUUCUUAAUAACUGAAUGUGGAACUCGUACUUACCGUAUCGGGAAAACCACCAUUUACAUGGUGGAGGUGCAGAUGCCCAUCAGAACACUAAACUUCCAGUAUGGCAUUAUCACCAGGGAUCAUCCAGUCAGAGUGAUUGUUGAGUGCCGCUACUCAGAAAUUAGUCAUCAUGAUCCAGGUCAGCCGGCAACUGGCUGGACCACUGCGAAAUACAUGGUGAUGAGUACCAACGUGCCAGACUUGGUGAGAGCCAAGGGACUAUUUGGAGUUGAGCUCAGGAUUGCAGAAGACAAAACCUUCUCCACAUUCCUCCCUCAUGAUCACCAGCCCCUGAGAGUUCUCCUGGGGAAACCAGUCUACCUGGAAGUGCGAUUAAAAUCCCUGAAGCCUGAAGCCACUCUGCUGGUGCACUACUGCAUCGCUUACCCUCGUUCUGCCAAGAGCGCCUUGGUUCUGGUCUAUGAGGGUUGCCCCAACCCUCUGGAUGCUGACAACAUAUCCAUUCUCCACAUGGCCGACCUGCCGCAGAAUCGCCACAAGCGUCGUUUUGAAGUAAAAGCCUUCCAGUUCAUGGACCAGUGCACCAAUAAUUAUCUCAACGAGGAGAUCUACUUCAUGUGCUCUACUGAAGUCUGCAUGCCCUCUGAGACUCCCUGUAGAGAGACAUGUUUUGAUGUGAAGUCUCCAUCAACUGCUGCUGAUGUGCAAAAGCCACAACCUCCAUUAGUUGGUUCGUUCCAAUCCCGUGACUUUUCGUUUUUAGAUGAUCUGUCCUCACUGAAGGUUGCUGAUGCUCAAUAAACUAUGCUAUUAAAUCCUUGUGAAGUUCUUCAUAGAA